AUGAGCCGUGAAGAAACCUUCUAUCGAACUUCACAAGUUGUCCCAGUCUCUACUGCGGUCGAGUUUGGGGAUAUUCCGAUUACAAGAAAACUGCCUGAAGCGAAUCGUCUGGUGAUCUGUGUAGUCUUCCGGGGAGAGACCGCGUCCAAGGAAAGGAUUCGCUGCUUCCCAGAAGCUGGUGUACAACCUGCCGAUGAGGUGAAACAGGGACCGUUUCAGUUAUUUCGAACCAAAAAUCCAGUAGCACUUUCCAAGACCUUCGAUGAAUAUGUGACAGGCAACGUAUGCCCGUGGGCUGCUGAGGUCGAGAAGUGUUAA